AGAUCUUUCAUUUGACAUAUGGCAAGUACUUGGAAGGCUGGCAGAUCCAAUCAAAGAGCCACAGAAUCAUAAGGUUGGUUGGUAACCCUAAAUGUCUCAACAGCCCCAUGUGCAGCACAUGGCUUCCAAUUCCUUUCCACUGCCAUGCGAAAUCCCCACAACCCAAUCAUUCAGCAACAAUAAAACAGCCUACAGCCAAAUCCCCACAACCCACAAAGCCACAUCCACCCCCCCAGAUCUGAUACAUAUGACCCCAACCUUCAUCUUCUCCCUCUUCCUUUCCUUCUGCAUCCUCUUGCCAUUCACCGACCAGACCACUGGCUGGCUAGCCAUUGACAAGUCCAUCCUGGUGCUUGCCGGAGCUUUCCUCUUGGCUGUAUUGGCCAUAGUUAUAGCUCCCAGGGCCACCGUGGAGGCAUGGAUCACGGUGCUGGUGCUGCUGGCCUUCGCCGGAACCGCCGCCGGGUGCUGGUUGCUCAGGGAAGAAAGAUCACCGCUGACGUUGCAGUGCACUUGGGCCGGGUUGUGGUCAAAGAGAGAGGUGUAUUGGCUGUUGCUUGUGCUGCAGUUCUGAGCUUGAUGGCCAUGAUCUGCUUCACAAAUGCUUAGAUGGUGCCUCCUAUGUCAAUGAUACUGGUUGAUAUACUUGGCUUUUCUACAGUUUUUCUCCUUCCUUUAUUAUGAUUAUUUUCAAAAAAAAAAAUCUUCAAUAAAAGAAAAAACUCCUAU